AUGGGACAGUGUUGCUCAGGUCUUGGUGGAACAAGGUCAUCGGGGUCUAAUGAGCAGACUCGACUUUUGGCUCAGGACAGUGACAGUCCUCUUAAUCUACGACUACAGACAAGCGGAUAUGACUCCAUACCAGACAUGAAUACAGAGUCUUCACCCACUGAAGUAACAAUAGUACAGGACAAACUCAAAACCGUCGUUCAAGCUACAGCAGAGCACUUGAUGGAUAUUUCUUCGAUCAGGAUGCUGGAUAGACUUGAGAAUAACUAUGCUGUUCAGCGAUCGGCUGAAUAUAGACGGGCUUUGGAAAAUGCACCACAGGACGAUAUCGUCAAGGAACUUCGUCUGAAGCGACACCCUCAAACACUAAUCCAGCUAAAUCCCAGUACCUUAAUCGCUCCCAUCACCACCUCAUCUGGCCAUUCCAUCAGUAUACACAGCUUACCUUCCACAACUUCAGUUGAGCAAAAUGAAAUUGAUCAGUUUGCGGACUAUUGCUCAAAAAUCUCAUUGGCGUUGAAUAAUCUCAAGGCAAAGGAUACCGAAGUUCUGAUUGUUCCUAUAUCUUGA